AGACAGAUUGAAAAGGGGAUAGAAAGCGGGAAAUCCCUCUCUUCUUUCUCUGAGUUGGCUGUUGAUACCAUCUGGGUUGCCCCGACUCGGAGUUGUUUGUUUGACUGAGGCCUUUCAGGGCCUUCAGAGGUGCCAUGGGCUUUCUGGAGAACUACCAGGAGAUCGACCCUGUCACUUUGAACCUUUGCAUCCUCAUCGCCAGCUACGUUAUCUUGCUUCUGGUCUUCCUGAUUUCCUGUAUAAUGUAUGACUGCAGGGGCAAAGAUCCUACGAAGGAAUACGCUCCGGACCCACAGCCAAGCCAGUCUCCUAUCCGACUGGUGGUGAUGCAAAGCUCGCCAGCGCAAAUAGGACAGUGGGACAUGAGCAACAUGAUUACGACCUACCACGAGCAAGCAAAUUUAGACUUCAGAGAGAAGAAGAGCACAAUGGUGUGAAGGGGACACUCGGUGCACAUAUUUGCCCCUUUUUUUUUUUUUCUCCACGUACUGUCACUUUAUCUGUUGUUACGUAAACAAUGCUUGGGUUGGACCUGCGCAGGACAAAACUUGGAAGGUACAUGAACAGACGAGCCACUGCCAACUGUCGGUACCAACCAACCUGCUACGAGCAUGCUGCUAACUGCUACACUCAUGCUCUCCUCAUCGUGCCGGCCUUCGUGGGCAUGGCACUCCUGCAUAAAAUGAUAAAAAAAAAGUUAAUAAAAUCGUUGAAUAUAUGUACAGUAUAUAUUUCAUUCUUUUGUUUUUCCAUUGUACUUUUCAGGGGGGUGGAGCAGUGUUUCCACAUGUGUGACAGAGUGGUCAUCUACUUCUUCAUCGCUGCCUCCUACACACCUUGGUUAAACCUGCGUGAACUGGGCCCUAUGGCUGCACAUAUGCGCUGGUUUGUGUGGUUCAUGGCUGCCGCUGGAACCGUCUACGUCUUUAAAUACCAUGAAAAAUACAAACUGGUUGAGCUGGCCUUUUAUUUGACGAUGGGGUUUUUCCCUGCAUCAGUCGUGACAUCUAUGAAUAACACUGACGGGCUUCAGGAACUGGCCUGCGGCGGCCUCAUCUACUGCCUGGGUGUCUUUUUCUUUAAGAGCGAUGGUGUCAUUCCUUUUGCUCAUGCCAUCUGGCACGUGUUUGUGGCCCUGGCGGCCGCUGUGCACUACUACGCCAUCUGGAAAUACCUCUACAAGACUCCCAGCAGCCUUCUCGCAUCCUGACCGAAAGGAGGAUGAGAAGAACAAGCGGAAGGAGUCUGAUACACACAGACAUCGACUGCCGACAGAAGCUGAAAUGUUUACAAUUCCGGAUCAAGUAUUACAUUUUAAAAAAUGGCGGGCACUUUCCUAUCCGAGGUGAACUGGUCAUCGCUUGAGGUUGGAUUCUGGUUUUGUAGGGACGGGAAUGAUGGACAUUUGACACUUAACUCAGACUCUUGAUUUAGAUUAUUCCUCAGGAAACCUACACUUUUUGUUGAUGGUAUUUGUCGCCCCCUGCUGACGGCUGGGCCUAAUUUCACCCCUGCGUUUCAGUAUGUUCGUCAGAGACGGCUGAGGAAGGUGAAGGCUGAGCCCUUUGAUGAAGAUGACUUAGAAGAAAUGGAAUUGUGAACCAGUGUUUGUAAUGCUCAAAUUGUUCACAUGUGAAUGAAUCUUAAUUUAUUCGUAAUCUUAGUCUUGUACAUUUGCAGUGAUUCUUGCUUUGCACCACUAGAACUUUCUUUUUUUUUGUUUUUUUCCGAUUGCUUCGUGUUAUGUCACAGGUCCAUGAAAUGAUCAUUUUUUUUCAUGUACAGCAAAAGGACUGCGGCAAAUACGUUUUGUUUUUUUUAAAUGUAACGGCUGCUUGCUGACAGAUUUCUUGAACCACUUUUUUGUAUUUUUUUUUUUAUAUAUAUAAAUUUGUGAUGUAUCAAUGUGCAUGCCUUUGCAGACAAAAUCUGCGUUCCAUUUUUUUUGUCAAUGGAUAAUGGUGCUGCAAAAAAUCAAACAAUUCUGACAAGAAAAAAAUUCUGACAAGAAAAAAAAACAUUAAAAAUGUAUCUC